AUGGAAGGGAGCCCGAUAAGCAUCAUGGGUUUCGAGCGACGAGCCGCAAUUUCGUCCUGGGAAGGUUCGCAAGCAUGGUAUCGAGCACCGGAAUCUACGACGGGACAGAAAACAAGUCAGCGACCACCUCCGCUAACCAAGGUACCGGAAUUCUCCUCAACAGAUAGUCUAGCUGAAGACCUGGUUCAUCCAACAUUAGACACUGUCCGAAUAGCUUUCGACCGUACGCAGCUUGUACACCAAGAUGACCUGCAUUAUGAAAGCUGUGAGAUCGUCAUGCAUAAACCGCAUAUGGUGGACGACGAAUAUCUUCACUAUCUAAUGAAACAAACCUAUAAGUUUACAGAGUGCACCCGCAAGCUUUCAUCCAGUGGUCAUCAAUUUCCUUCAACCGAGUGGACGCGUCGUUUGCAUACAGAAACACUCAAUGUCUACCAGGGAUUCUCUCAAUGGUCGUUGCAGACCAUCAUGUUGUCCAACAAACCGAGUCCAGAAUCUAGUUUUUUUCAUUUCUGGGGAGAUUUCGUCCUACGUAACUACGGUGAUACUACUUUGCAGCGAGCACAGACUUCGAGUUCGACAAUCGAUGGUCCCGAAGUACCUAAGGACGAUCUCACAGAAAUCGUGCAACUACCGACUAGAGGUACAGAAUUUCAGUGA